AUGAUGCCGGCUUUACAAAAUAAAGGAAACCUUAGAAAUGGUGGCGGAGCUAGAUACGUCAGUAGACCGGGUCCUUACGGCUACAGGAAGGAGAAGGUUGAAACUAACUAUAAUAACUUCAAUCAAAAGUAUACAAGAUCAUCAGAACCUAUGGCAGGAUACGCAGACACGAAAUUUGAGGCAGUGAAGGAAAUCGAUCGAAUGGAUUCCCUUGUUGGAUUUGAUCGAUACGAGUCUGGCCCCGAGAAGACUGGAUGGUUGGUCAAUUUCCACACCACUACGAUCCCUAAUGAGGACAUAAUACAGGGAUGCGUUGGUGUUGACUACUACUUUUUAGACGAAGAAGGAGGUUCUUUCAAAGUCACUAUGCCCUAUGAUCCUUAUUUUCUGGUGAAAUGUCAGGAAGGUGCUGAGGGUGAUGUUGAAGAAUAUUUAAGGAAGUUCUUAGAGUCUACAGUAAAGAAGGUGGAGCAAAUUACUAAGGAUGAUCUUCGGCAGCCAAACCAUCUUCUUGGCAUUCGCAGAAGGCUACUCAAGUUGAGUUUCCACAACAUUACGGAUUUGCUCGAGGCUCGAAGGGUGUUGCGACCGAUUGUUGAAAGAAACAAGCAAAGUAAAGAGAGCAACGAUAUCUACAAAUCGGUUAACUUAAACUACAACACAUUAAUGAAAGUGGAUGAAGAUAUCGGUGAAGAUGAAGAUAGUUCAAACGCUAAUGAAUCGCAUCAUACGGAUCCUUCUGAAUUGAUCGAAGAGCUCAGGGAAUAUGAUGUUCCGUUUCAUGCUCGUGUCUCCAUUGAUAAGGAUAUCCGAGUGGGUAAAUGGUACGAUAUUGAAGCAGAUCAUGAUCAUGUUAAAUUCACCGAACGUAAAGAUAAGAUUGCAUUUGCCGAUCCAGUUGUUCUUGCUUACGAUAUCGAGACUACAAAGGCCCCACUCAAAUUUCCGGACAGUGCCGUUGAUCAAGUGAUGAUGAUCUCCUACAUGAUCGACGGCGAGGGUUAUUUAAUUACCAAUAGAGACAUUAUUGGUGAGGAUAUACAGGAUUUUGAGUACACUCCUAGACCUGAGUAUCCAGGUUCGUUCACCAUUUUUAAUGAACGUAACGAAAAAGCCUUGCUUGAGAGAUUCUUUGAGCAUGUUAGAGAGACCAGACCAACAGUUAUUGCCACAUUCAAUGGUGAUUUCUUUGAUUGGCCUUUUGUUGAAGCGAGAGCAUCAUAUCAUGGUAUAGAUAUGCAUAAUGAGAUUGGCUUUGCUCAGGAUAGCGAGGGUGAAUAUAAGUCGACUUAUUGCUCUCACAUGGACUGCUUCCGUUGGGUGAAAAGAGACUCUUAUUUACCUCAGGGUUCCCAGGGUUUGAAAGCCGUUACUACAGCAAAGUUGGGUUACAAUCCUACAGAGUUGGACCCCGAGUUGAUGACUCCAUAUGCAUACGAAAAGCCACAGACAUUGGCAGAGUACUCUGUGUCUGAUGCUGUCGCUACCUAUUAUCUUUACUACAAAUACGUGCAUCCAUUCAUCUUCUCUCUUUGUUCUAUUAUUCCUUUGAAUCCAGACGAGGUGUUGCGUAAAGGUACUGGUACCUUGUGUGAGAUACUUUUAACCGUUCAAGCUUAUACCCAUGACAUUGUCCUUCCCAACAAGCAUACUGACCCUCUAGAAAGAUUUUAUGAGGGACACUUGAUCGAGUCUGAGACGUAUGUGGGUGGCCAUGUUGAGUCACUUGAAGCUGGUGUGUUCCGUGCUGAUUUAGAUUCAGAUUUUAAGAUCGAUCCAACUGCCGUCGACAUGCUCUUAGACGAUUUGGAAUGUGCACUAAAGUUUGCCAUUACUGAGGAAGGCCAUCAGAAGCUGGAGGAUGUUACCAAUUUUGACGAAGUUUACCAGGAUGUCAAGAAGCAGCUACUGGCCUUCAAGGAGCACACUAAGAUUCGGGAACCCCCUGUCAUUUAUCAUGUCGAUGUUGCUUCCAUGUAUCCCAACAUUAUGCUAUCGAACCGUUUGCAACCAGAUUCUAUGAAGUCCGAAGAAGAUUGCGCUGCCUGUGAUUUUAAUCGACCAGGAAAGAAGUGCGACAGACGAUUAUCGUGGGCAUGGAGAGGGGAGUUCUACCCUGCUGACACCAGUGACUAUAAUAUGAUUAAGAAUGCAAUGCAGAGCGAAACGUUUUCCCCACGAAAGCCAGGAUUACCCAACAGAUCAUUUGACGAACUUUCUUACUCAGAGCAGUCUACAUAUUUGAAGAAACAUGUUUCUGAUUAUUCGAGAAAAGUUUAUCAUCGUAUCAAGCAAUCCAAGAUUGUUGAAAGGGAGGCUAUCAUUUGUCAGCGUGAGAAUCCUUUCUACGUUGAUACCGUUCGUUCGUUCAGAGAUCGUCGAUACGAGUUCAAAGGGUUGGCCAAAUUAUGGAAGAAAAAGCUCAAACAGGUCAACAAUACCAACAAGCAUGCUUUGGACGAAGCCAAGAAGAUGGUAGUGUUGUACGAUUCAAUGCAAUUAGCACACAAGGUUAUCUUGAAUUCCUUUUAUGGUUACGUCAUGAGAAAAGGUUCCAGAUGGUAUUCUAUGGAGAUGGCAGGUGUCACCUGCCUCACUGGUGCCACCAUUAUUCAGAUGGCUAGAGCAUUGAUCGAGAGACUAGGCCGUCCUCUAGAGUUGGAUACCGAUGGUAUUUGGUGUGCAUUACCUAAAAGUUUUCCGGAUACUUUCGACUUCAAGCUGAAGAACGGAAAAGUCACUUCUACCACCUAUCCAUGUUCGAUGUUAAACUACAUUGUUCAUAAGAGGUUUACCAAUGAUCAGUAUCAGACGAUGGUGGACCCCACAAAGAAGAAGUACGAAACUCACUCCGAAAACACCAUUUUCUUUGAGGCAGAUGGCCCCUACAGGGCCAUGAUUUUGCCUACUUCAAAAGAGGAAGGCAAAGGUUUAAAGAAAAGAUAUGCUGUCUUUAACUUUGACGGAUCUCUAGCCGAAUUGAAAGGUUUCGAGUUGAAAAGGCGUGGUGAGUUGCAGUUAAUUAAGAAUUUCCAAUCAGAUAUCUUCAAACUUUUCCUUGAUGGUGAUACUCUUGAAGCUUGUUAUGCUACUGUUGCUGAUGUGGCAAAUCGGUGGUUGGAUGUUUUGGAGAGUAGAGGUAAGAUGCUAGAAGACGAGGAUUUGAUCGAGUUGAUUUGUGAGAAUAGAAGUAUGUCGAAAGCGUUGGUGGAGUACGGCAAACAGAAGUCCUGCUCCAUUAGCACGGCUCGCAGAUUGGGUGAAUUCCUAGGUGAGGAAAUGGUGAAGGAUAAAGGUUUGGCUUGUAAGUAUAUUGUUGCUGAUCGUCCAAUUGGAUCUCCAGUUACUGAGAGGGCCAUUCCUACUGUUAUCUUCUCCUCAGACUUUGCAGUGAAACAGAAGUAUUUAAGGCGUUGGCUAAAAGAUCCUGGCUUGGACGAUUUCGACCCUAGAUCUAUUAUCGACUGGAGUUACUACCGUGAAAGAUUGGCCAGUUCCAUUCAAAAGAUUAUCACUAUUCCUGCUGCUUUACAAGGUAUCAAAAACCCUGUUCCAAGAAUUGCACAUCCUGACUGGAUGCAGAAAAGGAUUGACACAAUGAAUGAUAAGUUGAAACAGUCCUCUUUAACUAGUUUCUUUGGUAAGGCACCUCCUGGUUCCAAACCCGUCAUGCAUGAUAUCGAAGAUUUGGGAAAAGUUUCGACCGAUGGAAAGGCACCGAAAAUAGCUCGUGUACUUUCUAGAAAGAAAAGACGCCACGGUGAGAAAGAGAACGAAGAAGAUGAAGAUCAGCACAUACUCAGGCAGCCUCUGCCAGAUCCUGCAGAUGACUACAUUGGUUUCCUCAAGUACGAGAAGGUGAAAUGGAGGCUCCAGGCGAAGGAAAAAGAGAGAAGAGAGAAGCUUUUUGGCCGUAGUUUCCAGAUAUCCGAUCAAAGUGCCGUUUCCGGAUACAUUAAGCGUCGUGCAGAGACGUAUGCCACCACGACAUGGCAAAUUAUUCAGUACAGAUUUGACCAAAGUCACCCUGGUGACCUUAAGGUGUUUGCACUAAUUGGCGGUAAGAUUCAGACUAUGAUAUUGCAUAUCCCAAAGAAGAUCUAUAUUAAGUUCAAAUCUGGGAACCUCCCCGACGGAAGCAUUGAAGGGUGUGAGGUGUGCAAGUCAGCUGAAUCGCUCCCUACUGGCAGAGAUAAUUAUAACUUAUUCAAGCUGAUUAUGCCAGAGUCUGUGUUCAAGAAUGAAAUGAAUAAACCUGAUACUAUACUCAAGAGUUCCGCAGUAGAAGGCAUCUAUGAAGCGAACAUUUCCGCAGUUGAUAGAGCAAUUAUGGAAUUAGGAACGUGUGUGAAGUUCGACGAUAAGAAGAUGCACCUUCUGGCAAAAUCGUUUGAGAAAGGAUUUGAUGCUGAAAGUUUAAAGACAUUCCCAGCGGACGGCUACCUGAAUAGGUUCUCCAUGGGAAUCUUGUACUUACUUCACAUCAUCUCCAAUGGCUAUGAGAUCUUCACUUUGUUUAGAUCGACAGAACCCUCUGCCUAUAUGUAUGUGUUAAAAGCUUCUGCCCACGCGCAACAGCUUCCUCCUAAAAUGGGUGCAUACUAUAGAGAUAUGUUCAAAGCAAAGAAGGAUCUGCUUGACAAAUAUUACGGAAUUAUUGACUAUGCUCCAGAGAUCUCAUUUGAAACACAUUAUUUCACUGAUAUAUCGAGGCUUCAUCGCAAGUUGAACGCUCGAAUUGGCGCUAUCAAUGAGCAUAGUGCAUCCAAGUAUUUGCUUGCCAUUCAAUCACCCUAUCCAGCAAAGCUCAAGAAGAUCUUCAAAUCGUCUUGGGAAAUGCCUACGGUGAUGAUGAAUAUUGGCGAGAUUAAAGUAAGUGCACUUUCCUGGCACGCAUUGAUAAUGAAGAGGAUUGUGAACCAUUAUUUAUCUCUUUCCAGCUGGCUCAGUAAACUCAUGGAGUUGUCACGUUACAGCAAUAUUCCACUCUGCAACCUGAAAGUCGAUACGAUGGGUUACCUCAUCGACAUUGAAUAUGCUAGGCGUCUUAGCAAGGCUGGCAUUAUCUUAUGGUGGUCUCCUAGUUCAGCGCCGGACUACGGUGGGUCAGAGAAGGAUAUGGCCGUUUUUGAGUCUGACGAAUCGCUUCAAUUUCCACAUUUCAAUCAUCCUGAAGUAUAUGAGUCUGUCUGCUUGGAACUUGAGGUAAAAAAUUUGACUGUCAAUACGAUUCUAACUUCUUCUUGGAUCAAUGAAGCUGAAGGUGUGUUCAUUUCUGAAUCAGGAGAAAAAAGUAACAAGGAUGAUUCCGGUGUGGAUACUUUUGCAGAUGAUUCGUUCAGUGGCCCUGCUUUAGCUGUUCUAAGAGGAUUGGUGCGGCGUUGGUGGGAUGAUGCUAUCAAGGACAAUUCCGAGGCUGAUUCUAUGGUUCACGCUUUCAUCAGUUGGUACAGUAAUCCUUUUUCCUUCUUAUACGAUUCGUCAUUGCAUUACCACAUUCACAACUUGACCAAGAAGUCUUUCGUGCAGUUGCUUGGCGAGUUUAAAAAGACAGGUGCCCGCAUCGCUUUUGCAGACAGAAACAAAGUUAUUUUGAAGACCUCAAAGACCGUUGUAGAGAAUUCUUAUGCAUACGGCCAAUAUCUAGUGUCGAGUGUCAGAUCGAAGCCUCUAUUCAACUUACUUGAAUUGAAUAUUGUCAGAUACUGGGAUUUGUUAAUAUGGAUGGAUAAAUUCAAUUAUGCAGGGAGCUUCUGUAAUGAGAUCAGGGGAGAGGAUGAACAGAAACUUGAGUAUGUGUCAAAUUGGCAGGUUAAGAACUAUUUACCGAUUAUCAUGCAAGGAGAGUUCGACGAUUGGGUGCUUUUGUUUCUUGAUGCAUUUGCCAAGGACCGGGAAAGGGAUGGUCACUCCAGUCAGAGCGCUCAGGGGGUCGUUUCACCAAGGAGAACACAGAUCACACAGAUCCUGAAGCAGCACAAAUUCGACGGCAGGAAUGGCGAUGGAGAAAGUAUGGACAUGAAUGAGAUCGAAAAUGGCGUGUGUGAAUUCUUCCGUAGCCCAUUGUUGAAGCGUAUUAAGACGUUGAUAAGCAAGCAAAAUGAAAUGCUAUUAGACCCCUCGAUGCAGCAGGAGUUUGAGUUCCCCAAGCUUGCCGGUUCUUACUUGAAUUCAACGAAUCCAACAUUAGAAUUGGUCAAGAGUUUGUGCCAUAUUCUCAGCUUGUCAAAAAGGAGAAAUCUUGAAGUUCGUAUGCUUCGUCGUGAGUUACUUUUGCUCUUUGAGGUGAAAGAGUUCAGUGAAGAAGGUACUUUCAAGAAUCCGUCCACGUCCCUCGUAAUUCCUCAGGUUAUCUGUGAUUACUGCGAUUAUACCAAGGAUAUAGACGUUUGCAGGGACUCCGAGGAAGUGACAUUCCGGUGCAAUUCAUGCCAUAGGGCGUACAACAAGUUGAUCAUCGAGGAAAAGUUGAUAAAUGAGUUGGAGAGGGCCAUCGCCAAAUAUCUCAGUCAGGACUUGAAGUGCAGCAAGUGUGGAAGAAUGAAGGACCGAGAGAUCAGCCUUCACUGUGUAUGUUCAGGUGACUGGGCGGCUACAAUGAACAGAACGCACAUCUUACGUAGAGUUCGAAUUUUCCAGAAUGUCGCUGAUGCCUAUCAAUUCAGACUGCUUAGAGAUGUAACGGAAGAAUUUAUAUGA